AUGGCGGAGAAGAAAGUGGUCAUCGUAGGAGGUGGUGUUGCCGGUGCCAUCCUUGCAAAAAAUAUACAAAAUCAAGCCAACGUCACCCUUAUUGAUCCGAAGGAAUAUUUUGAGAUUCCAUGGGCAAGUUUGAGGGGAUUGGUUGAGCCCUCUUUUGCUGAAAGGAUAGUGAUCAACCAUAGAGAGUACUUCAAAAAGGGUGAUCUUGUUGUAUCCACUGCAGUCAACAUAACUGAAACUGAAGUGUUUACUGCAGAUGGCCAGCAGAUUGCGUAUGACUAUCUUGUUAUUGCCACUGGCCACAUAGAACCUAUCCCCAAAACCAGGAGUGAAAGACUUGACCAAUACAAAGAAGAAAAUGCAAAAAUCAAAUCUGCAAGUUCAGUUUUGAUUGUUGGGGGAGGUCCAACUGGUGUUGAGCUUGCAGCAGAGAUUGCUGUUGAUUUUCCUGAUAAAAAGGUCACUAUAGUGCAUAAAGGAACAAGGUUGCUGGAAUACAUUGGGCAAAAAGCUUCAAGUAAGACUUUGAAGUGGCUCACAUCAAAGAAAGUUGAUGUGAAACUAGAGCAAUCUGUCGACUUGACAUCCUCUACGGAAGAUCAUAGGACAUAUGAAACUUCAAAUGGAGAGACUAUAGAAGCAGAUGCUCAUUUUCUAUGUAUAGGGAAACCACUUGGUUCCGCAUGGCUUAGAGAAACCCUUCUAAAGGAUGACUUGGAUGUUGUUGGAAGGAUCAAGGUCGAUGAAAACUUGAGAGUGAAGGGCAGGAGCAACAUUUUUGCAAUUGGAGACAUUACAGAUGUUCAAGAAAUCAAACAAGGGGCGUAUGCAAGUGGUCAUGCUCAAUUGGUUGCCAAGAACCUGAGGCUAUUGAUAGAAGGAGGAGGCAAAGAGCGCAAGUUGGGAACAUACAAGGCGCAGCCACCAAUCUCUAUAGUCUCACUUGGAAGGAAACAGGCAGUGGCACAAUUCCCAUUCAUGACAGUGCUUGGAAGGUUUCCUGGCAUGAUCAAGUCAGGAGAUUUGUUUGUGGGGAAAACCAGAAAGGAUUUAGGACUGGAACCUCAUGUUAAAAAGUCUUAA